GUGUGGCGGCUCUGGGCGCGCUGUGGCGGCCGAUCGGGGCGGGCUCAGCCUUCAGACGGGCUUUUCUUUUUUAAAAGUCCUUCUCUGUGGGUGCCGUCCUCCCGCUGCUGUAACUUCGGGGCUGAGCGAGCGAGAGAGAGACCGCGGCAUCCUCACCUCACCUCACCCUGGCCGUUGGUGGAGCGGGCACAGCCGCGGCGCCGCGACACGAUGGGGAUCGAGUGAGCGCGGGCUGUCCGGCGGGAGCGGCGCGGCCAGGGCCGGGGCCGGGAAAUGUCCGGCAAGCUGGAGAAACCAGAAGAGAAAUGAAUACGAAUGUGUCAAUGGCAAUUCUGGAAAUAGAGCAAAUUGACCCUACAAGUUGCAACCAAUGAAAUUCAAACCAGAUCAUUCCCAACGCUCUCACCUGAGCUCUUUCACCAUGAAGUUAAAAGACAAAUUUCAUUCACCAAAAAUAAAACGGACACCAUCAAAAAAGGGAAAACCAGUGGAAACAACAGUUAAGACCACUACAGAAAAGCCUCCAAACAAGACUUUAAACCGGCUGGAGGAGCAAGAGAAGGAAGUGGUUAGUGCACUGCGUUAUUUCAAAACCAUUGUGGAUAAAAUGGUAAUUGACAAAAAGGUGUUGGAGAUGUUGCCAGGAUCAGCCAGCAAAGUGCUUGAAGCCAUCUUGCCAUUAGUACAAGUGGACCCACGCAUUCAACAGAGCUCUGCCAUCACAUCCUGUUUAAAUCAGGUAUAUCAAAGCCUGGCCAAUCUGAUUCGCUGGUCUGACCGGGUAAUGCUAGAAGGUGUAAAUCUAGAUGAAAAAGAAAUGAUUAAUGCGAUGAUUAAAGCAGUACUUGAUGGAGUGAAGGAGCUUGUUAAACUGACAAUAGAGAAACAAGAACAGCCAUCCCCAACCUCUCCAGUGAAACCCACCCCGCCAACAUCUAAAACUGACAGUGUAACAGAGCUUCCCCUGACUGACCGUGAAAGGGAGAUUCUAACUAAGACUACUCCAAUGACGAGAUCACUGGAGAUGCUUCCAGAUUCUGCAGAUGGGGAAUGUGCCCCACCAAAGCCACCACUGCCUGGCAUCCGUAUCAUGGAACAUAGUCCUAUUCCUCCAAUCUUACCACCACUACCACCCAAGAAAAGACAGUCUGCACCCUCCCCAACCAGAGUGGCUGUGGUACCUCCCAUGAGCCGAGCUGCCAGUGGUUCUAGUAUACCCAAUGCCAAGCAGGAUUUUGAUGGCUUGGAUUGUUAUUUGCAAAGGCGGCUGUCUGGUGGCAGCCACUCCUAUAGUGGUGAAUCACCAAGGGUAUCUCCCUGUAACAGCAUAGGAAAGCUGAGCAAAUCGGAUGAACAGCUGUCAUCACUGGACAAUGAUAGUGGACAGUGUUCACAGAACACAAGCUGUGAAACACUUGAUAAUCCGGAAAACUAUGAUCCUGAUUAUGACUUCCUGCAUCAGGAUCUAUCUAACUCUGAUCAGAAUCCGCAGCACAUUUCGGGCAUGCUAAGCCCUUUACCAGAGUCGGCAGUGGAGUCCAGUUCACCUCUUCCUGGGCAGACAUUUACUGGACAAUUUUGUGCAUCACAAGCAGCGCCUGACUGGCAGCCAGGGUCACAGGCUGGAGUUUCACCUCUGCAAAUACCGCCAGCAUUACCAGAGAAGAAACGUAGGAGUGGUGUUUCAUCAGACAAUUCAGGAUCUAGAGUCUCGUACGAGAGGUUUCCUUCACAGUAUGACAAUAUUUCUGAAGAGGACAUGCAGAAUUCUGCCGUACCUUCUGUUCCAUACACUCCAUUUGCUGUAGUUUCACCAAGGCAGCAAGGAAUUCCAUCAAUGUCAGUUGGAUUCCAGGAUAUUGAUAUCUCAGAAAUGGCAGGAGUUCCUGAGAAGCCACCUCCACUCCCAGAAAAAAAGGCCAGGCACAUCCUUGCAUACAUGCAAUUUGUGGAAGAUUAUUCUGAGCCACAGCCCCACGUUUUUUAUCAGACACCACAGAAUGAACAUAUAUAUGAACAGCGAAACAAACGCUUUCAGGAAGUCUAUGGUUUCAAUGACUCCUUCAGCAGCAAUGACUCAUCUCUAGAGAUUCUACCGCCUCCAGCUCUGCCACCCAAACAAAGACAACUGGCAUACGCUGCUACCUCUUCAUCCUCCUACGCUUCAUCCUCGUUCUCAUUCUCUCCCUCGUUCUCUUUCUCCUCCUCUUCUUUCUAUCUUCAGCAGUCGAAGGUGCUUGUCCUGCCUGAGGACGCCAAUACUGCUGCCAGUAUCAGCAUGUCUGUCUCCAAUUCCUUCCUGAGUCGUCACAGCUCCUUAUCUUCAUCUUCGUUCAAGUCGGUUUUUAGAUCCUAUUCGCAGGACUUUGUUCCUCACCAUCAUACCUCUGCAUCUCCUUCUCUUUGCACUAUCUCCUCCCACUUUCCGGCUGUGCACCAAUCGAGGAGCUCCGAUCUAACUUUGCCGGGCUCAGCUAGCAUAGUGAAAGCUGCGGAACUGCUGGACUGCUCUCAUGACAAUGCAAAGCCUGUUGUCGUCUGCCUCCCUCCUGAGUCUGCUUUUCCUAACUCUCUCCAAACUACUUCGAGCGAGAGCAAUAGUGAGGAUGCUGGUGAGGGGGAAUACGUUAAUCUGUAUUCGUCCAACCAAACCAAUGGAGACCUCCCUCACUCUCAAGCAGAAAUGCCGAUGUGUGCUGAUACUGAGCCUGUAGAAUCUUCUAACGGAGAAGAGAUCCAUCACAGUGAUUCCCCCAAAUCAACUAAUGCAAAGGAAAACCAAGAAAGAAAUGACAGGCGAGCAGACACACAAAAUUCAUCUGAUUUGGAUCCAAAUGAUGAAACGGAUGAAUUGUCCCUCAUAGAUCAUGAAGAAAUUGUGGCGAGACUAACACUCAAACAAGAGGGAGAAGAUGGCCCAGAGGUGCGAGGAGGCUCCGUGGAUAUUCUCAUCGUGCAUGCAACCGAGACAGAUCGUAAAGAUUUAGUCCUUUACUGUGAGGCAUUUCUGACCACGUAUAGAACAUUCAUCCCACCUGAGGACAUCAUCAAGAAACUGCACCAUCGUUAUGAGAAGUUUUGCCACUGUCCGGAUACUUUCAAAAAACGGGUGAGCAAGAAUACGUUCUUCGUUCUGGUCCGCGUGGUGGAUGAGUUGUGUCUGGUGGAGCUCUCGGAUGACAUCCUGAAGUUGCUCAUGGAACUUGUGUUCCGUUUAGUGUGUAGUGGUGAACUGAGUCUGGCCCGGGUUUUGAGAAAGAAUAUUCUGGAUAAAGUAGAUCAGAAGAGGACUGUGAAGUAUGCUGGUCUGAUGAAGCCAUUGGCUGCACGUGGGGUGGCAGCAAGGCCUGGAACGCUUCAUGACUUCCACAGUCACGAGAUAGCUGAACAGUUGACACUUCUGGAUGCCGAGCUGUUUUACAAAAUUGAGAUCCCUGAGGUUUUACUCUGGGCCAAAGAACAGAACGAAGAGAAGAGUCCAAACCUAACACAGUUUACAGAGCACUUCAACAAUAUGUCCUAUUGGGUGAGGUCAAUAAUUAUUCAACAGGAAAAGGCACAAGAUCGAGAACGGUUACUCCUCAAAUUUAUCAAAAUUAUGAAGCACUUACGCAAACUGAAUAAUUUUAACUCGUACCUGGCUAUAUUAUCUGCAUUAGACUCGGCACCGAUCCGCAGAUUGGAAUGGCAGAAGCAGACUUCAGAGGGUCUGGCUGAAUACUGCACACUCAUUGAUAGCUCCUCUUCAUUUCGAGCGUAUCGAGCUGCUUUGGCAGAGGUGGAGCCACCCUGUAUACCUUACCUGGGUCUUAUUCUGCAAGACCUGACCUUUGUUCACCUUGGUAACCCAGAUCUAAUAGAUGGAAAGAUCAACUUUUCUAAACGAUGGCAGCAGUUUAAUAUCUUGGAUAGUAUGCGGCGCUUCCAGCAAAUUCAUUAUGAACUAAAGCGCAUUGAUGACAUUGUGACGUUUUUCAAUGACUUUGGAGAUCAUCUUGCUGAGGAAGCGCUGUGGGAACUCUCGCUAAAAAUCAAACCACGUAAUAUUCAACGACGGAAGACAGAGCGGGAAGAGAAAACCUAGGAUGCACCUAUGGAGGCUCAACCUUACAUGGCAGCUAACGAACCCUAUUGAGUGACUUGCUUUACAAGAGCUGCAGAAACUGGUUCAUGCUCUGGUGCUACACCUUCUGAGCUUAAUUUUAGAACGGACGUAGAACAGGUGGCGCCGCUCUAGGGAAACGUUCCAAGUUUAAUGCCAUUGCCUGCGUUCAAUUUCCUCUCCUACCAUCGUGCCAAGCUGUUUCGGGUGUCCUCCAAAGGACCCACUCAUGCAGCUCAGUUUAUCUGCAGACCCAGUGACCGGCAGGUAAACUCUGUUUUGGAGACAGAUUGUUGGGUAUAAAGGUACGGCAGUUCACUCAUUGGCAGUGGACUUUUCUUUAUAGAAUAACAAAUAGUGGUACUAGCAAUUGCACAGAACCUUAAAAUACAAUUCUGUACUGUAGGAGAAAGACUGGCUCACUGUAAAUACUAGAUUGCUAGUUUGAUGUGUUGUAAUGGAUUUUUUUUUUGCAUGUGUAUGACUGAAUGGCAGUAACUGAAGAUCUGAUGGGAGGUAAAUAUAAUUCAGUAGCAGACUGAAGCCUUUCAGCCAGGGUGUUAUUCAGAGGGGAGGGUGGCUCCUAAUUCUCCAAUGUUUUCAGAUAACAGAUCCCCAACAGGUCAACCGACGCUAUUGUACUGUUUCUGCAUGGACUCUGCCUUUUUAGGGUCUAAAAUAAGCUUUUUUUUAAGACACUCAAUUCAUUGCUGGAAACUAAGUCUGCAUUUGAAACAUUUAAAAUAAUGGGCAAAGAUUGGUGUUUGUCUGAAGUUUCUGUAUAUAGCAAGCCAAAAGUUAACUUUUUAAUCCAUCACAUAGUCAGUGAAUUAACUUCUAUUCGGCAGAUCUUACUAACUUGUGAAACAUAAAAGCUACUGUGCAGAAUGCCACCCUUGCUGCUUUGGGUUGUUAUGCAACAAGCUGUUAAUGUUGUCUAGGUUUGCACACCGGCAAAGGAAAUUCACCAUGCUUGUUUAAUUUGCAAUAAUCAUCAGCUAAGCCUGAAGAGUUACCUUCCAGGGUGUUAAUGUGAUGCUCACGAUGCAGCACAAGUCCUGCUUACAAUCCAGUAUAAAAGCCCAGUCCAGAAAUCCCCUGGCUUUCAUUGUGGCCCUACUAAUCUGUUGUAUGUUUAAACAUUUAGUUCAUCAAACAGUAGCAGGCUUGAAAUGUGCAAACUCGUUGCUGAUACAGAUAUGGGGAUGAUCUUGCUGAGCUAUAUUAAUAUCAAAAUAAUUCAGCACAAUUUUUAGUGCAUUUCCUGUUCCUAGGCAGAUGAGUGGGUUACAAGAUGGCCAAGACGUACAGGUACUUGAUAAGAGUCAAAUGAGUGUAGUCUGAAAUGCCACAUAAAGCAAUUCAGAUCUUGAUUUAGACUCCACAUUGAUACAUCACACAAUAUUUAAAUAAGAGAUGCAAUUUCAUCUUUUUGCUACAGGCUCUAGGGAAAGGUUGGUCGAGGUUUAAAUAAAGAUGAUGUUAACAUGUGUAUAGCCAAAUGUGCCCAACAUUGCCCAAAUUGGUGUGAUCUCAUCCUUGGCCCUGUUGAAACUUUGUUUUGCUGUACACCUCACCCCAGAGAUGUAUCUAUGACAAUGAGCUUGAUGGGCAUCUUAUUACCGUAGGGAACCUCUGAGUUAGUGAGAGCUGUGCAUUUGGGGACAGAGGGGGACCACAGUUUCAAACACAUCCAACAUGAGAGACUAUAGUCUGGCAGUUCCCAGCAAUUCCUGGCGCUCUCUGUGCUGCCCGUGAUGCAGUCGGAGUUCUGAGCCCUACAUCUCGGUGCUGAAUAAUCCUACUGUUUGCACCAAGCUAGCAGAGGGGUUAGUGUCAGGAUUAUGUCACAGCAGCAAGUAGGGCAGGGGAUCAUCAACUUCCUGGUACAGCAUGCAGCCCAGAUAGGGAGGACCAUGAGUUCAUUAUGUAUUGAUACUGUGAAUAACAUUUUAAAAUAACACAAAUUUAAACAAGACCAGAUUUUGCUGUUUUUAUUGAUUUGAGACACCUUGAGAUUUGAAAUUGAUUGUUUCCAGGCCUUCCAGAUAGUGUAAAGUGAAGAAUUGAUGUCUGUUUUGAGCUUGGUUUUGGAUCCAUAAAACCUAAACUUUAUUUUGUCACAAAAUCUGUAAAUCACUGAUCCUAGACCAAGAAGAAUUGGAUGUUUAUCAUCAAGCUUUCUACAUUUAAUUUACACAUAGUUUCUUAAAUUGUGUGUGCAGUUCGUUUUGAAAUGACCAUGUCAAGCAAAUUUACUUGGGCAUCAUAAAGAGUUUAAACUGAGAUGUGAGGUAAUGUCAAUCAAAUUUUAACCAUAUUUUUAACCACAUGCUCUGCUAUUAUUAUCAGAAUUGUUGGCCGUACUCCUUGUGCUAACCCUUCGGUUCUCCACAUGAUCUCCUGGUCAUGUAAUUUCCCCAUCCUGGGUUAUUUUUCAUUGACAUUUUGUUUGUUUAUUUCUGUUAACUGGGCGCUGCGGUCUUUCCAUUGUCCCAGUUGUCUCAAGGUGAGCUAAGCACUCAACCCCCACUUUGAGAGGGUUUGCGGGGAUCAUAGUUCUGCUCGGGGGAUGUUGGGAACUGGGAAGACUUGAUCACAAAAUUCGACCAUUCAUGUCUCACAUGAUCAGAAUUUUCUUCAGAGAUUUGGAUCUUUGGAAAUUCAAAGCAGCAAGGAAUGGAAGAUCAGUCACUGAUGGUAUUUACGACAAAUAAUAAGAUUGGUUGGAUAUUGGAGAAACAUGGUUAGUAUAGGAAGGAGGCAUGGAGUAAAAGAGCUGUCAUGAUCUUGUUGAAUAGUUGAGGAGAUGAGGGCUAAAUGGUUUACACCUGUUAUCUCAAAUAUUUCAUAAUGCACUGCACCAUUCCAGGCCCUCUGCUAUUGACAUUUGUCAGCAAAUUUGUUUAGCCAAGUUCCAACAUUUAUUCUUGUAAUUGGAACUAUGCAUAUGCUUAAUCCAGAAACAAUCAUAAUUCUUCUAUGUUCCAUCAGUGAAAACUUUUUGUCAUGCAGUGGCUAUGUGGUAUUGGUAUUGCCAGACGUUGGGAAAUUAUUUCUACUCUUGUGCACCUUUACAAUGAACAAUGCAAUGCUGCCUUUGUAUAUGGUUUCACUGUCUGGUGUCUAGGUAUUAGUGGCAAAGCCAGCAUUUAUUGCCCAGACCUAAUUGCUGGAGAGUUUUCCAUCAUACUCCUGACUUGUGCCUUGCAGAUUGUGGAAAUGAGUUGGGGUGUCAGUUGCUGUGUAGGAUGCCUAAUCUGACCUAUUCUUGUGACCAUGGUAUUUAUAGUUGAUCCACUUAUAAUUCUGUCACUAGUGAACAUUCAGAGACUUUAUGAUGCUAAUGCCAUUGAUGCAUUAUUAGGUUGUAGAACUUUCUCUUAUUGGAUUUAUUUAAUUGACAAUCUGUCAGCCCUAGACUAUAUGCUAUCGAGGUCUUAAUGUUUGUAGAACAAGGGCUGCUUCAUUACAGCAAAUAUCCCACUUUUAACCUUGUGGGGUGCAUUUUAAGUUUAAAACAUGAAAAUACACUGGCUCUAGCCUAAUUAGCAAUAUUACUAUGGUGCUUUCUGCAAUGUUUUGUAAAAUGCCACAUCAAUUCAAAUCCGACAUGGCUUCGGAACAGCUAGUUUCAAAGUUUUAUGCAUCUAGCCACUCAGUUGAAUGAAGUGCAAACUGUUUUAUGGUUGUGUGGCAGUUUGGAAAGGAUAACCUGCUAAUUUAAACAGUGAGAUGUGUACAGAAUAGUUCAUUUUGUUGCCUUGGAUCAUGUUGAUAGUUCAGAGGUUUCUUUGCUUCACUAUCUGAAUUGUACUCUAUCUGCUUUCAUAAAAUUUCAUUGACCUGGCUGGGUAGGAGAAAAUUCAAAGUAUUUCCUAUGGAAAGUUACCUACAAACUCUAUUGCAGUUUUCUAAAAUAAAAGGAACUGAAAACAUCUUAGCCAGAUCUGUCAUGUUACAUGGAUGUUAAUGCUGAACAGUAUAUUAACCUGUACUAUUACUCAAAAUAUUUAGGGCUUUACUUUUACCCGGUCCCUAUCUUCGGGCAGCUUACAAUGGCAGGAAGGGACAAGAUCCAGAUUGUAUUAUGUUUAAGUGAAUUUUGCUUAUGACCAGUUAUUUAUUUAUUGUCACAGUUGUGUAUAGAACUAACAAUUGUAUUUGAACUGUUUUUUCUAUUGACCAUCAGCCUGAACUCUAGCUUUUUAGUUAGUGGUAACAAUGUCCAUGUUGACUUUCAAGAUGUUAAGACCAGCAGGAAACUUGAGGAGAACGGUAUUAAUGUUGCAUGGAACAUAUUUCUAUUGAAUGCAAUAUCACAUUGACAGUUCCUAAUCGGAAUUGAACUUGAUAAGAUCAAUCAUGGCCACUAGAAUAUAGGAUCAUUUAUUUUUAAGCAGCAUAAUCCAGUGCUUGUUUGGCUCUUCUGAAUUUUGCCCAAUGUUCAGCUAUUAAAUUUAGAUAAGUGAUCAAAGUUUUGGAGAAAAGUUAAACUAUUGCUCUCAAGUAUGAGUGAUUUUUGUGCUCCUUUUGAAAUCUUGUUGAGGAAGCAAGAAUGAAACAAGUACUGAUUAUUGAAGUUACAACUGCAUGAUAUGUGUGUGAAAUAUUUCAAUUUAAAGAGGAUGCAACAGUAAAUUGAAUCUGAAAUAGGACAGGUCUAUUAGUUUAGGAAAUUUGUGACCUAAAAGGAAACAAAAUGCACUUGAAGUGUAUCAUACGUCUAAGUUGAGUUUCUGCAGAUUCUGGAUUCCUGGCAUCCAAAAACUAUCCAUUUUUAUUAUACUUUUCAACUAAUCUUGUACAUUUAACAAUGUCCCUUUUUGCAAACUAAAUCAUUUUUAAUAAAAGGGAGCAUAGGGCAUUGUAGGGCCAGCCACUGAGCCCUUACCAAAGCACCUUAUGUUGAUUGGUGUUGAACUUGCACCAGCUGUGGGCGAAUAACAGAGUAGUUGGUCACUUUUAAUGUGCUGGAGCUCUAAUGUAAUUAUAAUGGCAAUGUCACCUAUUAAUAACCAUCUGACUUCAGGACCAUGACAGGUGUUUGUCAACAGCAAUUAAUAAAUGACUGAUUUGCUUUUAAUUGGUGGCUGCUUUAAUCUAGAUGUGGGGGUCCUAGUUAAAUUUAACUAGACUUGUUAACCCAUGCAAAUUACAUGUUGUCUUGUCUUAGAUCUGUCUCAAUCAUAUUGUUAUUGCACUGUUGUGUUGUGCUAAUUGCUCAAAGAAUUUAUAAAAUCAAUGGAUGCUUUAGUUGGCUUAAGUGCCCUAACUUGAAGAAAUUCUCCAAGAGCCACAAGCUAACAUUGAUGCCAGCCUCGACCUUGCUUGAGUAUUACUCAUUUAUUAUAAAUGUCAAGUUCCUACAACCAUUUCAAAUGUAACUUUUUUUUUAAAAAUAAAAGCUAACAUUCAUGUUUACAGUGCAUGCAGACUGCAGAUUAAAGACAAUCAAAUUCA